GAAAGAAUAUAUUUUGGCUCAUCUGGAAACAUGCAGCUUUUAAAAUACAAGAUUAAUGUAUUUACAAUAUUUUAAUUUUUUUUUAUUUUAGAGCUGCCAACAAAUUGGAAAGAGUCAUUGGUUUGGAGACAUGGCUUAAUCAUAGUGUGGAUUUUGUUCGCAUUUGGAGUGCAAUAUUUACUCUUUGGGAAUUUCGGUAAAACAGACAUUCAGCCUGAUGGAAUAAGAAACAUGGAAGGAAGACUUGCAGAUUUUGAUAUGGCUUUGUCAACAUUAAAAAAGCAACAAAUAAAUGAUAAAGGCAUUUUCCAUGAUAUGGUGGAGAAAUUCAAGAAUGAAAUGACAAAAAAAGAUGAAACAAAACUAAAAGAGUUAACCAAAAAAGUAAAUUCUGCGGCAAGUGAUGUCAGUUCUGCAAAGGAAAUAUUGAAUGUUCUCGAAGAAGCAAGAGAUACUUUAGAAGAUAGAUAUAAGGAAAUAGAGGAAACCAUUAUGAAUUUGGAAUCCACUUUAAAUAAUAAGAUAUCUGCCAUACUCAAGUUUAAUGAAGAGUUUGGACAAACAUUUUCAAAAUAUGAACAAACAUUUUCAAACUAUGAACAAACAUUUUCAAACUAUGAAACAUCCUUGCAAACAUUUGAAAUCAAAACUGAACGUAAAAUGCAUGAGAUGACUAAAACAUUUGAAGACAAAAGUUCUAGAAUAAAAGAGCAAGUAAAGGAUUUCUCUAAAGAUUUUGACCAAAAACUUGAGGAGUUUAAACAAGCAAAGAGUGAUUUGGAUGAAAUUUUAUCAGCUGUCAAGAAGGAUGUUGACACUAUCAAGCCAAAUACUUUCAAUAAAGAGAGUUUAACCAUGGCAUUUAUUAUUGUGGUCCUGUUUGAGUUUAUUCUGGCAUUAUGGAUAUAUCUUGUACAAUGUGGACGCUCAACUUAUUCAGAUUCUUCUGAUGGAUCCCAAGACAUGACUGCUAGAGAUGUAUUAGAAAGAAUUCCGCGUCGAGUAGCUUUAUCUGAUUUUGUCUGCAUUGUAAGUUUUGAUGAAGCACGACAGACAGAACAUGACACCCUGGUCAAGUCUGCGUUAGGUACAAUGCAGGAUAUUCAAAUGAAAUACUUUGUUGUACGUCGACAUGAACACUUGCAAAAAUUGCCUAAAUGUAAAUUCUACAUUAUGUGUACAGAAUUCUCAGAAAGACAUGUUAUUUUAGAAGAACCAGGAUUGGGUCUAGGUGAUUUGAAGAGGUGUACUUAUGAAGUUAUUAAGAGAUACAGAGCUGAUAUGGUUAUCUUGUAUACACGUGAUCCUGGAUCCAGGAGUCUUGGAGACGAACUGUAUAAUCCUAAUAUUUAUUGUGUUGCUAAGCAACCAGAGUUGAUGGGUCUUCGUGAUAACAGACGAUUUAUAAGCACAUAUGACAAGCUUACAGAAGUACAGAAGAGGGUUUUACACGAUGACAUUGCUAAAUGCAUGAAGUGAUUUGAUUAGUGUUGGAGUGUUAAUUAUUUUUGAAGACUUGGUUAUGUGACUUCAUGAUAAUAUUACCAGGCAAAUGUAUGUCUAUUCAAUGUGACAUAAUAAUAUACUUAUAGUCAUCUUCUAACAAAGUCUAAAAUAGUUUUUGCCUCUAACUUAAAAAAAGACUUGCUUAGUAAUGCAUAUUAAAAUAGACUUUUUUCUCCAAGAUAUACAUUUUGAAGUGCUUAAAUUUGUUCCCAGUUUAAUAUUUUAUACUUAGUUUAGUUUAUGAUUGUACACGUUUUUAUUUGUUAACCAAUAGCACCAUGACCCCACUUUAAUCUUAUUCAUCUUAUUCAUGGAAAAUGUUCUUCAAUCCAGUGUUGUAACUUUGCAUACCUAUUAGCACCCUCAUCAUCUCUAACUGCCAGACCAAUUUAGAGGUCACAAGAAAUAGGUCAAGUUCAGUGCGACCUCAAUAUAUCAAAUAGGGCAAUAAAAGAGAAGUCCUUUAAUCAAAGCCUUCCAAUUUCACAGAUGACUGCAGAUUGAUAUUCUCUAUCCAUUAGACCCACAUUAAGAGGGUACAGGGUCAAAAGUCAACAUGACCACUUAACUUUGGCCGUAAAACAGAAUCCCUUUAUAUGAAUUUAUGAUGAUUUAUUGCUAUUCAUAACUUUAUAAGAUCAGACUAGAAGAACAGAAAGCUGUUCUAAGAUAAUAUGUCAUCUUGAAGAAAAAUAAUUUAACUUGAGAAUUAUCAGCUUUGUUUUAAUAGAGGUGUAAAAUCUUCUAUGAAUGUGCCAAAUAAAAUAUUACAGCGAGAAUACAUCAACAGAUAAUGUGAAAUGUGUAAGGUUGGGAGACAAUAUAUCCCCUGCUGUAAGGGGUAUAAUUGUUCCACAACUGAUAUAUUUUUAUUUUCGUACCUUCUUAUCCUUCCUUGUUGAUGUAUGUAUGGUUGCUUUGUAUAUAAUUUGCUUUUUAUGAAGUUUUACCCACGCAUAUUUCUGGAGUGUAUUAAAUAUAAGAGAUUUUGUGUUAUACUCAUUUCUUUGCUUUGCUUUUUUUUACGUUGUUAUAAAUUCCAAAUUAUUAUAUCAGUUUUAUGAGACGGAAUUUUGAAUUAUUAUAUAUGGUAUGAUGAUAUAUUUUUGGGAUAUGUAUUUAAAACAUGAAAUUGAACAUGUCUGAUGUAAAAGCCAGAGCAUCUAUGGCACAUAAUCCAAAUUCAUUCACCACUCACCUCCAUAUCUGUAUAAUUGGUCUCAAAUCCACCGGGAACAAUGAUAAUAAUUGUAUUAAAAUCUACUAGCAAAAUU